GACCGCACCCUCCGCAUCCGACAACAACCCGCCAACAAAGACCUGCAGGGCGACAUGCCAAAUUCCGGCUGCAUUUAGUGACAGUCUCUGUACCUGCAUCUCUCACCUCUCUACCUCUCACUCUGUCCUCCCCCUUCACGCGUACGUCCGGUCGCUGUCCCGCGCUCCGCUUUCACCGCCCAUAACGCUCCCAUGAUGCACUUCCUUUCUCCAAUGGUCCGGUAGCAUAAAACACCCUCGACUCCACGCCACUGUCUCGGCUGCACAUGCCAACCCGUAAUCGCGUUUGAAACAACUCUCAUAAGACAACACCGCAUCUGAGACGGUGGUGGAGAUGGAGGCCCAGGUUGAAAAUGCCAUCCAAAUCGCCUCGGAUCCCAGGUCGAGCCAGCAUCUACGUGGCCAAGCCAUCGAAUAUCUCAACCAGUUACGGACCGACGGCUCUGCAUGGCAGGCCUGCCUAGCAUUAUUCACCCGCGACCCUCGACCCGCCGAGAUCACUCGCCAUACCUCCCUUGAUCUCGUAAAUAAUGCCGUCCAGGAGCAUCGGCUGGACGACCAGAGUCUGUCCUACAUCAAGGAUACGCUCAUGGGUUACAUCCGGCAGACGUAUGCGCCCGGCAACAUCACGACGGACACUAGCCAUAUCCAGAACAAACUGAUGCAGACUAUGACUUAUCUUUUUGUAGCAUUAUACCCAUCUUCCUGGCAAUCUUUCUUCGACGACUUCCGCGCCUUGGCUGGGGACCAGGCAACCAUCGGCAGCGUAAACACUGUCGGUACCAUAUUAUAUCUCCGUAUGCUAGGUCAGGUUCACGACGAGAUCGCCGACCAGCUGAUUGCUCGGCCCGAUGAGGAUAAAAAGCGGCAUACCGAGCUCAAGGAUCUAAUCCGACAUCGAGAUGCUCAGAAGAUCGCAUUAUCCUGGCAGGAGAUCCUCGCCAAGUGGAGGGAGACAGAUUUCGGCCUUGUAGAGAUGUGCCUCAGGACCAUUGGUCGCUGGGUCAGCUGGAUCGAUAUCUCUCUCGUGGUGAACGAGGCCAUGAUCAACACUUUCCUUCAGAUGGCUGGGCAGCAGGGAAUCUCCGAUCCCGAGAGCCCUGAGGGGAGGGUUCGAGAUGCGGCAAUCGACACCUUCUCCGAGAUUGUGGGCAAGAAGAUGAACCCAGCAGAGAAGAUCGAGCUGAUCUUGUUCCUCAACCUUGCGAAUGUGGUCGGCCAGCUCAUUAAUAGCCCGGCCCUUUCUGACCAAAAAACUCCAGAUUAUGACAAUGACCUCGCAGAGACUGUCGCAAAACUCGUGAACAACAUCGUCUUCGACAUUGUCAAGAUCCUAGAGAACGAUUCCGUGAACGAACAGACCCGCCAGCGCGCAGAUGAGCUCAUCCAGGUCUUCACUCCCUAUCUCCUGCGUUUCUUUUCCGACCAGUACGAUGAGGUCUGCGCGACCGUCAUACCAUCUCUUACCGAUCUCCUCACCUUCUUCCGCAAGCUUCAAAAGAGGACCGGGUCCUUGCCUGCCCAAUACGGUGCCAUACUUCCUCCCGUUUUGGAAGCCAUCAUCAGCAAGAUGAAGUAUGACGAAGCGGUAUCAUGGGGCGAAGAGGGCGAGCAGACAGACGAGGCCGAAUUUCAGGAUCUCCGCAAACGUCUCCAUGUAUUGCAGCAAACUGUUGCGGCAAUCGACGAGAGCUUCUACAUUGAGACCCUCAGCCGAGUGGUCAACGAUACAUUCAAUCGUCUUUCCUCGAGUGGUCAGUCGUUGGACUGGCGCGAUUUGGACCUUGCACUAUAUGAGAUGUAUCUGUUUGGAGAGCUGGCGAUCCGAAACCAGGGCCUAUAUGCGAAACGUGAGCCUUCUUCAGUCGCGGCCCAGCGUCUAGUGGGCAUGAUGUUUAGCAUGGUAGAGUCAGAUCUGGCUAGCUACCCUCAUCCCGCAGUUCAACUCCAGUACAUGGAGAUCUGCGUUCGCUACUACCAGUUCUUUGAGCAGAACUCUCAACUUAUUCCAAAGGUCCUCGAGAACUUCGUUGGUCUUACCCAUCACAACCAUGUGAAGGUCCGAUCGAGGUCAUGGUACCUAUUCCAACGCUUGGUAAAGCAUCUUCGGUCCCAGCUCGGUAAUGUCUCCUACGAGAUCAUUCAAGCGAUUGGCGACCUACUCACGAUCAAGGCCGAAUUGCCAGAUGACUCAGCGGACGACAUGUCUUCUGAUGAAGAUGACCAAUCAGCAGACGCGCUCUUCAACUCUCAACUCUACCUUUUUGAGGCGGUUGGAUGUAUUGCGUCGUCGAGCACAGUAUCGGCAGAGAACAAGAAGCUUUACGCGCAGACAAUAAUGAAUCCCUUGUUUCUCGAUCUUGAGCAAACACUUCCUCAAGCGAGAAACGGGGACGAACGAGCCGUCCUGCAAAUCCACCAUAUCAUCAUGGCCAUCGGAACGCUUGCUCGAGGCUACUCGGACUGGAUGCCUUCCAACAAUAGUGUGCUACCACACAGCGAAGUCUCCGAUGAGUUUUUCAAGGGAUCAGAGGCAGUUCUGGUUGCACUCAAGUCGUUGAACUCGUCGAGCACUAUUCGUUACGCCGCACGUUUUGCUUUCUCUCGCAUGAUCGCAGUGCUAGGCUCGCGACUUCUCGAAGAGCUUCCGUCCUGGAUUGAAGGACUACUCUCGCUCAGCUCUUGCAUGGACGAGAUCAGCACUUUCUUGAAGGUCCUAGGCCAGGUCAUCUUCACUUUCAAGGCAGAGAUUUCCGGCAUCCUGGACACCGUCCUCACUCCUUUGCUUCAGCGCAUCUUCACCGCGUUGGCGGUGACACCUUCAGGCACAGACGACGAGAUACAGCUGGCCGAGCUUCGACGAGAGUAUCUGAACUUUAUUUUCGUUGUGCUUGGUCACGGUCUCGGAUCUGUGUUUGUAAGCGAAGCAAAUCAAUCCACCUUCGAGACGAUCAUUACAUCCAUCGAUACCUUCGCCCGCGACCCUUCUGACUACCAGACCGCCCGGCUUGCCCUUUCUGUUCUCAUACGUAUGACGUCGGUCUGGAGCGGUCCCGACAAGGUUGGCCCCGGCGCAAACACUACGCCCACGUCUCCCAUCACGUCUCAAGCGCCCAUACCUGGAUUUGACAACUACGUUGUGGACCGCUUCUCGCCGCUCGUGUGGUCCAUCCCGGCCUCUCCUGGGUUCAAUUCGAAGGACGCGCAAGCCAAGCAGGUCUUGUAUGAGGCAGCCAAUCUGCAAGCCGAGAUUGUGAAGAAGGUUGGCGAACCGUAUGUCGAGCGGUUGAAGACAGAUCUGAGGGGCAUGGGUGUGGGCGAAGAUAUGGUCGACCAAUACCUGAGAACACUCGCCGGAGCGUUUGAAGGCGUGAAGAAGGAGAAGGAGUGGAGGACCUUCUUCGCUCAAUUCGUGGAGCGCUUACUGUCUGCGCGGGGUUAAAACGGUGCAUAAACGUGUGCAGAGUGCAUCAGGGGAGUCGAUGUCUUCAUGAGUUUUCGACCCCCUUGGGGAAUGAUUAUGUAGGUGGUAUUCUGUGCAUUGUAGCGGGCGCGCGAAUGGGGUGAUGGCAUGUGGCAUUAUACCAAGACAAAACUCAGAUAGUUCCAGCUGAACUUGAGG